UUAAUUUUUGGGGGUGUGGUGUGGGGGGUGCACCAGUUUUGUAUAGUUUAUUAACUUUAAUUUUUUUUCUUUUGCAAACAGUGAUGCCACGGACCAGCAGCGGAUUUGCUUCGGGGAUUGGUUCCUACUACAGGCCGGAUCUCAUACAGGAUUCGUCAGAGGAUGACGAGGUGGAAGUGCAGCAGCCUGCAGUUUCUACAUCCCUGUCUGCACAAAUGCAAUUGGUGGCAGACGUCCAGGAAGGGCAGGAUCCCUCAAAUGUUCGGAGGGUAAACAACCUGGCAGCAGAGAUGAAUGUCAGCCAGGAUAGUUUUCGGGUUGUCGUAGGAAGCAGACUGGACGCCAUUGAGAAGACAAUGGAUAAGAUGGCAAACGGUCUGCUUGAAAUGCAGAAGACUCAUGCCGACAGCGCGGCCGAAAUACUAAAGACCAGAAGAGAAGAUCAUAGGGAGACUAUGGACAUCCUUCACAUUCUGGCCAAAUCCAUCAACCGGCUGGUGGAUAACACAUCAUGCCUGGCAUACAGCAAUGACAACAUGUCGGAGAGCCAUCGACAAUCCUCAUCCAGCCAACAGAUGAUAGCAACCACACUGCAGAUGAUCUAUGAUAAACUCCCAGAACCAGCUCAUCAACACGCUGGUGAUCCACCAAUUCCGCCAUCAAGAGCCACAAGGACGCUUCCUUCCCUUCCUACACUACCAUCCUGGUAUAGACGGUCACAGAUGUACCAAGGACAUACAGGGAUGUACCCCACCCACCAGAUGCCUCCACCACCGGCCGCAACAUCUACAGCCGCAGGGGCCCCGAGGCCUAGUCAACCCACUAUCCAGCCUCCCAGGACAUCAACGCCCUAUCAGGAGGAAGACCAGGAUCCGGACAGACUUCCACCAUGAGCACGGUCGUAUUGUUUUAUUUACUGUUAUGUUUUUCAUGUAUCCCUUUCUUCCCCCUCCCAUUAGUUUUUUUUUCUUCUUACUAUUGUUUUAUAUGUGUUGGGCUCCCCCACCCGUGACCGGGUACUACCAAGGAGCUUUAUGUGUAGGCAUACAUGCGCGGGCAUGUAUGCGGGCGCGUGUGGUAACGGAUGAAAGCUCCUUGUGGCUAAAUGUAUGAUGGGCCAAAGAGCUAUUCUGAUACCACUCUUUUACCCAAAAAAUACUUUUUGUAAUGGUGUACAAUAUUCUUUCACUGUUGUGUGAAUUUACUAUUCACUAGUGUUUGUUUUUGGCUUAUUCAUAGGAUUGGGUGGAAAAUUU